AGGAAACCAGUUUAAAUUAUUGUAGUAAGUGGUUAGCACCGCUUCAGUGGUCAGAACAAUGACUCGGUGCUUGUGGACAAGUUUGUUGGUAGUGUGCCUGGUGUUAGCCUGCGCAUCACAGAUAGCAGCACAAAGCAAGUCGCGAGUAUGCUUCGCUCAAUCGUCCGACUACAGUACGGCCACAUCGAUAGGCUUUUGUUCGCACGCAGUAUACAUUGCGUUGGUGCCUACCUCCAGAGGCUUGGUCGGGUUACUGAAUCCAGCAAAUGAUGCUGAUAAUCUUUUAGGCGGAAUCAAGAAGUUUGUCACUCGCAAAACAACAUACCCAUAUGUUGAGAUGUAUAUGGGUUUGGUAGGAAGUGUACCUGGUGGAACCAUUCUGUGGUUAAACACAGCAGCAACGCGCGCAUCGUUUAUCACACUGUUAGUGGCAAAGGUGCAAGAAUAUCCAGAAAUGAUAGGCGUGUACGUGGAUUUCGUUGGUAUCACUAACCAAUACUCCAACGGAUAUGCAUCAUUCAUCGCGGAACUGAAAACGGCACUUGUUGCUAAAAACCUGAAGCUGUUUACCGCUUUGCCGUGGGAUGCGACUACAAAUGCCGAUAACUACUUCAACCCAACGCUACCGACUUUACCAUUCAACGUGAUCAAAACUCACGAAGACAUGUAUUCGGCGGUAACAAAUACUCAUCCAAUCAGUCCGCUGUUUUCAAUGGCAGCUCCAUUUGAUGUUGAGACAAAAACCAUCUACAACAACGUUUUUAGAUGGGUCCUGAAGGGAUUUUUACCAAGCACCAUAAUUAUCAGUUUACCAAUGUACAGUUUAAAAUUUACUACAUCAGGCGGUACUCAAUUUAAUGCUGCUGCAACAGCUGUUGCAACGGAUACAUAUUGUAAUGCAUUGUUGUUUGGUACAUCAAAUACUGUUGGAGCUCCUCAGAGUGGUGAAGGAUUUACUUAUAGCGCAAAUACCUUCUACACCUAUAAUUCUCCCGCUGCCGUUGUAGAUAAGAUAAACUUUAUCACGGCAACGAAUAUGGGAGGAGCUGCCGUAUACUCGCUAGAUCAAGCGGGCAGUACAAAUGCUGAAUUGUUGCGACAGGUGACUAGUGUGCUUGCGCCAACACCACCUGCUUCCGCAACAUAUCCUGCAGCAGAACCAGCAACUUGUGGCGUUACAAUCAACUUCCCAAUACCACCGACCACAACAACGACUACAACACCAACUACAACGACUACUACUACGACUACAACGACCACAACACCGACUACCACUACAACUACAACACCUACAACUACGACAACAACAACCACUCCAACAACAACAACAACUACAACCACUCCAACAACAACAACAACUACAACACCAACUACAACGACUACUACUCCUACAACAACUACGACAACAACUACUCCAACAACAACAACAACAACGGAUACAACAACCACAACGACCACAACAACACCGACUACAACAACUACGACGACUCCUACUACCACAACAACUACAACACCAACUACAACGACUACUACUCCUACAACAACUACGACAACAACCACGCCAACAACCACAACAACUACAACACCAACUACAACGACUACUACUCCAACAACAACGACCACCACAACAACACCGACUACAACUACCACGACUCCUACUACCACAACAACCACUACACCCACUACUACCACAACAACACCUACAACUACGACAACAACCACGCCCACAACAACUACAACAACGGAUACAACAACCACAACGACCACAACAACACCGACUACAACAACUACGACGACUCCUACUACCACAACAACCACGCCAACAACCACAACAACUACAACACCAACUACAACGACUACUACUCCUACAACAACUACGACAACAACCACGCCAACAACCACAACAACUACAACACCAACUACAACGACUACUACUCCAACAACAACGACCACCACAACAACACCGACUACAACAACAACCACUACACCAACUACCACCACAACAACACCUACAACGACGACAACAACCACAACAACUACAACGCCGACUACAACAACUACUACAACACCUACAACAACCACCUCUGCAGGCAGUACGACAAUCGCUGCCUCGCCGAGCACUUGCAAUCUCUCAGUGCGUGAGGAGUACGGCACGCUCGUGGGCGAGUUUUGCGCUAGCUUUAAGGCGGUUGCAGCAUUCAUUACCGAAGGAGCCAGCUGUGGGGUUGUAGCGUAAGUCUGAGCGUUCUGCUUGGUGAAUGCGGUGAACAAGAUCGUAGAUGCCAAGGGGUGCGUAAGAAUGGCUAAAUAGAUGCGAUUACCCAAAAGGGUAUACGCACUAUUAUGGCAGAAGUUAGCGGGCUUCUCCUAUUUGCGCUAUAAUGCAAGAUCGUCAAAUAGGAAUAGCGUAUACGUAUCUAGCGCUAAAGCGAUAUGAUUUAUUUCAAUGUUAAUAUAAUCGCAUUAAAUAAAAUGAGGCCAAAAUUAUAAAGAAA